AAAAAAGUGAUGAAAAUCAUGAAAUAUUCGCUUUUACAUCUGAUGAAACUGAUGAAACUGAUGACGUGUAGUUACAAAUAAUUUUGUAUACAGGAAGUUUAAUAAACUGAUAUUUUAACUUUCCAAUGGACUCUCAUAAUCCAAUGAUCUAUUUUAAUGAUUUAUAUUCUAAUGAUCUAUUUAACUCUAAUGACUUAUUUUAUUCUAAUGACUUAUUUUAUUCUAAUAAUCUAUUGAUCUACUUUAUUCUAAUGACUUAUUUUAUUCUAAUGAUCUAUUUUAUUCUAAUGACUCAUUUUAUUCUAAUGGUCUAUUUUAUUAUAUGAUCUAUUUUAUUAUAAUGAUCUGUUUAUCUAUUUUUCAAAUGAUUUAUACUUUUUUUUUAAAAAAAAAAAUGAUUUUUUUCAAAAAUGAUUUUUUUACUGAUCACUUUUACUCUCGUUUCAAUUAUAUAUAUCCCACUAUAUAUCCCACAAAAUAAUUAUCUCUCUCCCAAAUCAAUUAUAUAUCUCUCAAAAAAUUCUUUCGAAUAAAAAUGACCAUAGAUAAUAGAACACUUGAAACUAUAUUUUUUGAAGUUGAGGCUAU